AUGAAUAGAGUAGACAAAAAAACAGAGAGUAAGAGUCACAACAAAGCACUGGGGCCACGUCGCGGAAAGCCCAAAAGCAAAAGCAAAACAAUAUUAACAACAAUAACAACAACAACAGAGAGAGAGAGAGAGAGGGGCAUUAUUGGGGGAGGAGAGGGAAAAAUCUUAAUAGCCACCACAACGUUACACCAACUCAGUGCUGACGUGCUCACGGAAGUGCCAACUCACUCUCUCAAGCCCAGUCACCAUAUCGGACACGUCACUCUGCGGCUGACGUGGAGGAUCCGCAAUCGCUUGCGCGGGAAGCACCCGUUCACACAGGCAGUUUGCGCGAGCGGCGGAGGAGGAGGUGGGGGGAGGGAGGGAGGAGGAUCUUAUCUUUGUUUGUUUGCUCUCCAUCGCCGAUCUUCGCUUCUCUUCGUCUUCUUCUUCUUCCUCUUCUUCAUCUGUGAUGUUGCUACUGCCUGCGUUUUCGUCGUCGUCGUCAUCGUCAUCGUCAUCACUUUUUCUGGGACCUGCUGGUGCCAUCAUGCGUCAUGUGGGCUUGUGGCACCCUCGGCACCACCAUCACCGUCAUCACUUGCCUGCACCGCUUCUCCCUGCCGCAUCUCCUCCUCCAUCGCCCACUCUCUUACCCCCCUCACCACCCCGCGGUCGCCAUCCCCGGUGUCGUCUCUGAUUUUCGAGAUUUGCACAUGGAUUCCAGACCUUGGGAUAGAAGUAAUCGGGACUGACCCACCAGUCGCAUUCAAUCAAAUGCAGGCGUGGCAUAGGUUCCCUGCCCGCAUCUCACAUAAUAAGCUCCAGUCUUUGACGUCAUUUCAGCAGUUUAGAACUUCUGUGGAAGCUGUAUGUGCCAGCGGUGGGACAUGCCAAGAUAGUCAUGGCUUAGACAACGUAGCAAGGGUUCAUAUCUCGCCUUCACCGAGGACGAGGAUGUCGAGAGACUCACCGCAUGCCCCGGAUGUGGCAACACACUGUGUGAUGUCUGGGGGAGAUAAAUCUGCGGCGGCUGUUGCUGCUGCUUCGUCGAUCCCGCAAGCAGAGCUCUGUGCCACAAACGCUGAGUGCGUGACGGUUGCUGAGUUAGGGUCAGCGGAGGGUCUUGCAAAAUGGCUAGAGGAAAGGAUUGGUGUUGAGAAGCCAUCCGUCAGUUCCUGGGGUGUCGAUUCAGGGACCAAACGGAUUGGGAACCUGUGGACUGAGUUGGUUGAUGGAGAGAUCUCUCUGGAAGACUCGAAGCCGCCGAAGAGGACGGUGCAUGUGGCAGUCGUGAAGAUUCGUAAUGAAGCUGGAAUGUUUUUGAUUGAGUCUAGUCAGGAAAUGGAUGAUGGGCGAAUGAAGUCUAGGAAUAGGCCACUAUCUGAAAAAAUGCGUCCCGGUGAGAACGUGGAGGACGCAUGUAGAAGAGGUGUGUUUGAAGAGCUUGGACCUGAAAUGGGAGCUCGUGAUCGGGUGGAGAUGAUCCUUGAAACGUAUCAACGGGAAGAGGAAGAGCGAGAUUCAUUUUCAUAUCCUGGAUUGUUGACUCGGUAUGUCCUACACUCUAUGGUGGCUUCAGUGCGAGGCCUUCCCAGCUCUGAGUUUUGCACGGAAGAGAAUGAGGGGAAACGUUACGAUGCCACUUCUAGAAACGAACCUGCAAAGCAUUUGGGUUCUUCAAACGAAGCACCAACAAAUGUAUCGACAAAUGGAUCAACAAAUGGAGCACCAACAUUCUCAGGAAACGGGCAUGCGAGUGGAAUUCGCUGUGCGAUAGGAGUGAAGAAACAUUAUUGGAAAUGGGUGACUGAUGUUGAACUAGACGAAAUUAUGAAGAAAUAGGAUCUUACUUCGAGGAAGGAGCUUCUUUUCUGGCAGCGACUUCCGAUUGUUUUCCAAGAAUGUGGGAGGACUAAUAAUGAACCCUAAUUUGAGGUCAGGAAUGAAGGAUUUUGAAGCGUGUUUGAAGAGGCGAGUUCCGCGACGAAUUAGGCAAGGCUCUUCUUGUGGUGCUCAUGGGCGCAUUUAGGCAACGUUUGAAUCCCAACUUCACAUCGUUUUCGCAUAGGAAUAAGUAAAGAGUAGAGCUGCGCAUUCAUGGGAGCUGUGCAGUCCGAUUAGACACUGUUUUGGAACUUGGAGUAUUACGUGUGAUUAAUAUGUAGAAUUGAGACGGUUCUCUGCAUUUUUUUGCGUAGUUUUUGCUGUGGUAUAUGUGUGUAUAGAGUUGUCAGAAACGUUGCGUUGUUUACAGUUCUAUCUCGAUACACAAAACGAAAUGCUUGCAAAAGCAUUUUAUGUGUAGUGAAUCCAAUGAAACCAGUCAAAAGGAGUCACCAUUCAACUCUUUUUCUCUCUUU